AGGGUCCCGGUAUGCGGGUUCCCCUGUUCCCUCCCCCUUUCCCCUGUCUCCCGCUGUGGGGUCUCUUGGGGGGGCCCAGCUUGUCUCUGGCUGGGCCCCCUGUGUCUCUAUCUCCUUCUGUGCCCUCCCCUCCUUUCCCUCUCUGCUAUUACCCCCCUUUCUAGUUCCCUGUCCCACUCUGUCUAGUCCCCUCUCUGUUCUCUCCCCUUACCUCUACCUUGUCUGGGCCCCCUGCAGUUCACUUACCUCCGCUACCUCCUCCAGGGCGUGGGCUCUCAGCUUCUCCACCGCUUUCUUCUCAGGUCCUGUCUGCAGUUCAUGGCUCCGUCCAGCAAGUGGCACCUGGAUCACAUAUGGGGCUCUCCUCAGGACCUGGUGGCAGUUCGUGGCUCUGUCCAGCAGAUGGCGAAUGGAACAUAACAGAUGCCUUCUGUGGAUGCUGGAUCUCAACUUUUGGUUCCUCAGCCUUCUUUGCGUGCAGUUCUGGGUUCGGGUCGCCAAACUGCGACUGGUGAGUACUGUUUUCCCUCUUCUCUUAAUGCUUCGGGGCUUGGGCUGGGGGGGUUCCUUUCAGGUCUUUGUUUUUUUUGUUUUUUGGAUCACUGGGAGUAGGGGGUGGUGGGUAGUAGGGACACCUCUUUACAGUCAGCUGCGGUCAGUUUGGUCCCCCGUGGUGCUCCCCCCAGCAGUUCAGUCUCCUUCCCCAUCUGCCCCCCUUAUAGUUGAGGGUGGGGGGUUCACCCUCCCUAGGACCCGCGGUUCACCCGAGGCUGGGGUUGCGGAUGUGGCCCGUGGCGCAGCAUAUAUGUGCUGGUCGAGCCCUCUAGGUCUCCCCUUGAAACAAGGGACAAGAUUUGGAGGGGGAGUUCGUUGAGAUUUUCUCUCUCCUGACGCUGGAGGAUGCCCCUCCUGUGGCGGAGAAAGACAGCGAGGAGUCGGAUAAGGAGAAAUUUUGUUACCAAAAGAUUCCCAAAAAUUUUGGGAAUUGGGUUGGGCCUUCUCUAUUCUGGCCAGUGUAGUGGGUGAGAAGUCUCCACACAAGUGCUCGGCCUGGUUCUGGUAUCAGGACACGAUUUGGAAUGCCUGCAGGACUUAUGGGGGGCUGGGGUGGUGGAGGUACGACGAACAGUUUUGUCAACGAUUGGCGGUACGCCCAUCGCUGUCAUGGGAUCAGAUGGACAUUGGCCUCUGGCUUGCCAUUAUGACCCGUCCAGCCCCACACCAAGGUGCCUUUUCGUCCUUUCUUGGGGGGCCAGUGGGGGCUCCUCCGCGUCCCCAUCGGCCCUCACUCAGAGGCUGGGUUGUUGUUGGAAAUUCAACGACAGCCACUGCAAGUGGGGUUCCUCGUGCCGGUGCAAGCACAAACGCUCUGGUGCGAGGGAGCGCAUUCUGCCUCUCGUUUUUUCAAGCGAGGCAAAACGGGCGAAAGGGGGGAUAUGGGGCCUAAGAUCGACGACCCCGGUGCUCGUAAACGCAAUGCGUCUGUGGCUCUACCUUUAUAGGAACUGGGCUGCGGCACGGCUCCUGUUGAAUGGGUUUUGGAUCCCUUUCUCGGAGCGCUCUCCACGGCACUCUGUUCGGAACCUUAAGUCCGGACGGGAUUACCCGCAGGUGGUACGGGAUAAACUGGGUAAGGAGGUCUCCCUGGUCUGGAUGGCUGGCCCAUUUUCCUCCCCACUCUUGCCUAAUUUGCGGGUUUCUCCGUUGGGCGUCGUGCCCAAGAAGGUGCCCGAUAAGUAUCGCCUGAUUCAUCACUUAUCGUACCCUCGUGGGGGGGGGGGGAGGUGGUGAACGAUGACAUCUCGGAGCUUUGCAGGGUUUCCUACGCAUUCUUAGAUGCGGCGGUGCACAUGGGAUGGGCCGCUGGCCCUGGGGCGUUGCUUGCGAAGGCGGAUGUGGCAUCCGCAUUUCGGCUGCUCCCGGUGCAUCCGGAAUACCACCAUCUGCUGGGCUGUACUUUCGAAGGACAGUUCUUUGUGGAUAUGUGCCUGUCUAUGGGUUGCCCUCUUUUUAUUUUGAGUGCUUUAGCUCUUUUCUAGACUGGGUCAUGCGAAGGGAGACCGGGGGCGCUUCCCUUCUGCAUUACUUGGAUGAUUUCUUGAGUGUAGGGCCUGCAGAGUCGCACAUCUGUGCCAAACUGCUGAGAGUCCGUGGGGACGUGUUCCAACGGUUCGGGGUUCUGCUGGCCCACGACAAAAUGGUGGGUCCGGUCACGUGCCUUAGUUUCUUGGGCAUCGAAAUUGAUUCGGUGGCUGGGGAAUGUCGGUUGCCCCAGGAGAAGGUCCUGGACCUGCGCUAAGUGGUGUCACGGGCCAUGGGGCGGCGGAAGAUCCAGCUGAGCUGCCGGCAGUCUCUGCUGGGGAAGUUAAAUUUUGCCUGUCGGAUUUUGCCCAUGGGGCAUAUCUUUAACAGGCGCUUGGCGGCGGCGACGUCUGGGGUCGUUCGCCCUCAGCACUUCAUCCGGCUCACACGACCUUUGCGGGCUGAUUUGGCCAUCUGGGAUUCCUUUCUGGCUUCGUCUAAUGGGAGGUCAUAUUGGCAAGCCCCGGAGGUCUCUAAUGCGGACCGCCACUUGUUUACCGAUGCGACUGGCUCGGUGGGGUUUGGGGCCAUUCUGGGCUCAAAGUGGUGUGCGGACUCGUGGCUGGAGGCCUGGCAUAUGACAGAGCUAACUCUGAACUUGGCUUUUCUGGAGCUCUUGCCUAUUCUGGUGGCUUUGGAGGUGUGAGGCGCCCUGCUGAAGGACAGAUGGGUGGUUUUCCAUUGCGACAAUUUGGGGGUGGUGCAGGCUGUUAACCAGCUGACCGCCUCCUUCCCACCAUGGUACACUUGUUACGGCACUUGUUUCUUCGCUGUUUGGAGCAUGUGUCUUGUAGGGUUGUGGACAUCCCGGGGGUUUGCAAUGUAAUGGCCGACGCUCUCUCUCGUUCACAGUGAGACGUGUUUCGGGAUGUAGCCCCGCAAGCAGACUUGGAGGGUGUCAGCAGACUUGGAGGGUGUCCGAUGCCCUCCGGGGAUGUGGUCGUUGGGUCUGGCAGACUGAUGGAGUUGGUCCGGGGAUCAGUGGCAGCUGCCACAUGGACCUGCUAUAACCAGGUGAGGAGGGCAUGGGACAGGUGGGAACUGUUCCAUGGGGGCUUCCGGGACUCUGCUGCUCGCCUGCAGCGGCUGGUGCUCCUCCUGGGUGACUGGGACGCUGUGGGGUUGUCCCCCUCAUUGCUGCACGCUUGGCAGGGCUAAGCUUGCUGUUCAAGUUGCGGGGUUGUGAACAGCCAGGCGCUAAAAGGUUUGAAGCGAGGGAAGGGUGUCUUUCCGGGACUCGAGGCGGCCUGUCUCGGGCUCUCUCCUUCUUACGCUGAGUGAUGCGUUGCCCGGGGUUUGCCAUUCGGAAUUCGAGUCUUGGCUCUUUCGCUUGGCUUUCUCCCUGGCGUUCUUUGGGGCCAUGCAGAUUGGGGAGCUGGUGUGCCUCAGUUGGCGGCAGGUAGGGAGGGUGCUAUUCGGGGACGUUUCUUGCUCUGUGGUGCAGAUCGCUUUCAAGAUUCGCCGCUCAAAGAUGGAUGUCUUGGGGAGAGGUAAAUGAGUUAGACUGAGGGCGGUGCCGGGCUCUGGCGUUUUGUCCUUCAGGGAGUAUUGUACCUUGCGCCCCUAUCCUGUGUUGCCCCUAGCUUUCUUUCCCAUUUCCAGUUUCUCAGGGUGUUUCGUUUGGGUUUGGAAUCCCUGGGUUUGGACAGCAAGUAGUUCGGGGGGCAUUCUUUUCGUAUUGGGGCGGCCACUGAGGCCUCGAGGCUUGGCAUGCCAGCGCAGGUGGUGCAGAGGAUUGGGAGGUGGGAUUCGAGGCGCCAUGUUUCUUAUAUUCGUCCGGCUGGUCUAUUGACAUAAUUUCUUUCCGCAGAUUCGGUCCCCCUCAGGAUCUGGAUCAUCGGACACUCAUGUCUACUGGGCUGGGCAGCGUGCUGCGAAUCGGCCUGGAGGCGAGCGGUUGGGUUUCACGCCUUCCGACGCCGAGGUCAGAUGGCUUGGUUCGAGAGGUAUGAGGUGGGUUCGGCUACUCCCGGAGUUGGUGCAGCUGUCCUGUCUCCUGGGGGUACCGAGUGUCCUGGUGAUCCAUCUUGGGGGGGAAUGACCUGGGUUCCGUUCACAUUUUGGACUUGAUUUCGGCUGUCAAGCGGGAUUUAGCCCACAUUUUAGUUUUGUUCCCCAAUGUGUGGUUGGUAUGGUCUGAGGUCUUUGCACGUAACUACUGGCGGGGUGCCCAGAGCCAGAGUGCUAUGGAGCGGUGCCGCCGCAUGUUAAACAUACGGGUUUCCCAGUUUGUUUUAGGGGUUCGGGGGAUCCCGGUCCGCCACAGGGUUUUUGAACGUGAGGCAGACAAUUUUUUUAGGGCGGAUGGUGUUCACCUCACCAUUUCAAUCUCACCCUGCAGGAUGCGGUGGAAUAGGCCAUGCGUGGUUUUGGUGGGGUGUCCCACUGAUUUUUAGGGGGUAAAACAGCGGGGCUGGUGGCGGGGGUAUGUCCUUGCCAAUUAAGUUUGUGGGGUUAUGUUUUAUGGUUGGAGUGAAUUAAUAAAUUGGCAAGUCUCAACCUCCCCUGCUUUAAACGGUUAACUUUAGGUUGCCUGAGGUAUCGUGCCCAUUGAGCGUGGAUAAGGUCGGCUGAUGUCGGGCAUUGGAAUGAUAUGAUUUAUGACGAGGGUGGAGGUGAGAGGAAGUGGUGAUUAGGAACCACGGUAUGUUUAUUGGUAAGGACGGCUGGGUUACUGUCUAACACUGUGUGUUGUGUUAUAUAUAUAUUAAUUUAUGCUUAUUUAUGUUUAACAAUUUUGGUUACAGAAAGAAGAUUUUGAAUAAAUAAAGUUAUGGAUGUGUUAUGCAGUAUUUAUUUAUGUUAUAAUAAAUGCUGUGGCCUGUUUCAUCCAUACUAAGUUGUCUGUCGUUAUUAGGAGGGUUUAAUGGGGUUAAAAAAGGUAGCAUCGGAAAAUUCCCCACUACGUACAUACAUGAUUUUUCAACUCACACUCUAGCUUUUGUCAGCUCACACUCUAGUUUUGAACAUUCUGCCGUUCAAACCUUUAACCAGAAGCCGGCCAAUCUGUCACGAAUUCAAAAUUAGAUUUCAAAUAGGGCAGAGAAGAGCGGUUAAAAACAAACUGCUCCAAAUUGCUCACUUCACUGGCAGUUGCCAUCUUCAAACGGUUGUAGUUUUAAAAACUAUAAAUCCUACAGCAAAUAGUUUUAUAUUGUGAGAAUCACAAGACCCAGACCUACAUUUUGAUGCAUAGUAUGUCUCUGAAAUAUUAAAAAUUAAAGCACAGUCACAGUUGAGAAAUUGCCCUUCAAAUUUGAGGUGGUUAGAGUGAAGUUUCAAUGAAUGUCAAUGGACAGCGUGAGUUGCAAACAAAUGGUCGUAUUGUGAAAACUAUCAGGACUAUGGCUUAGCCGUGGAUAUUUUUAGUGGCAGCAGGGAUAGCUGAACGUUUUGAUAUAAGAUUUGUGUAGGUGGGCUUGAAAAUGAGAGAGUGGUGGCAGUUUAGAAAUCAUGUCCUGCUUUUUCAGCUCACAUUCUAGCUUUUGUCAGCUCCCACUCUAGUUUUGAACAUUCCGCCAUUCAUUCCUAUGGGACCAAUUUUGCCACAAGAACGACGAUAUUCCGUGAACCAUUCGGCGAAUCGUUCCACAAAGUAAAAGCAAUCCAAUCGGGAACAAUCCGCACAUUUCGGUAUAUUACUGUCUAUGUAGUGUAAAAACUGUGGGAGUAGUUAGGGUGGUAAAUUUGGCUAUAAUAAGUAUAAGAACUAGAAAAGCUACAAUUUCUGGGGAAUUUGUGUGAAUUGUUCUUGCCUCCACCAGUAGUCUACAACUGGAGUGGGCGGAGUAACUUAUUAUUUAUUUAUAUAGCACAUUUAAUUGCAACGUUGUUGCCCAAAGUGCUUCACAGUUACAUUAAAACAUACAUUUAUGGGGGGCGGAGCCUGGACACUGAGCCGUGCAGACGUGCCUGCCACGAGCUCCCGACAAACGGGCCGCAAAUGGGGAAAAGCGGAGGCUAUAUGGCCCAAGGUCCUUUGAAGGUGCACCACACACGUCGGGGGUGCACCGCUGAAUCGAUGGCUACAACCCCGGGACCUGUCGGAGCCGGGAAAGCGGAGAUCGGCCUAAGGCCUACUGGGGCUGGAGCCGGGGGGAGGCGGACCGCACCGGGUGCCCCGAGCAACGCUCAUACAGCUCCUAUGGACCGGCGGGGGAUAUCCCGGUCCCCACUGGAAGCAACGAAAAACGGAAGAGUUCACCUCACGCUAUGCAAGGGCAACAGGCCACCAAGAUACCUCCAAUAUGGCGGCCCAGUGCAGACACCAUGAGAGGGGAGCACAUAAUGAGCCACCCACACCGCCAAAAGGGACUUUCGACUGGCUAUGCAACACAUUCUGGGAGGCGCUGCACAGCCGAGGGGCUACCUACCGCCAAGCAGAACUAAUGGUUGCCGCAUGGAUCCGACCAGCAGCGCGACGCAGCCAGUACAGGCGCCCACCCAGAGCCUCCAAAGCGACCAUCAGGCAAUGCAGGUACUGGCGGUCUCCAAGGCGGGGAGGGGCGCUGGGCCUCGCAAGAACACUCCACUGCUCUCCACCACAUAAACCCACGACCAUGCCACAAAAGGCACACGCAGGGAACCCUCCAGACCCGACCAAUACUAUGCAGUGCAGCAUGAUCCGGAUUCCUGUGGGCGACGCCACAAAACAAAGGUUGGAGCGACUGCUCCCCCCUCAAGGCACCACUGGAGCUGACUCCCGGUAUGGAGACAUCACACCCGGAGACCCCAAAGCAUGGACUCAUAUUGGCACUGACCUGGACUUCCCAACACUAGGCAUUGGCUGAACCAUUCUCUGCACAACCCCACGAGAGCCAAGCCCAGCAAUUCCGGGUGGCGCUCCAUGUGACCAGAUCACGCCAUGGCCACGCUAGCACAGGCCUGAAGGGGUUCACACUGACUUUUCAUUUAUUUUUCAUUUCUUUCUUUAUCUUCGUCUAGAGCACACCUAGCCACUACAAUAAUACGCCCAGACGGUGAUCGGCUAAUCCUUGCUGUACCCCAUGAAGAAUAAGGCCCCCUGCCAUAUUUUCACAUACUCAAGUGAAGUUACUCUUGUACACCGCAAACCCCAGUGGUUAUUUACUUAACUUUAACAUAGCUCUUGUCACAGCAUCUUAAUUUCAUGAUUAGAAGUGAAGCGAGGUCACGCUAUGUUAUGUAUAUGCCUAAACAUUGAAAAUCGUUAAUGUUCAUAAUAUACUUUAAUGUUAUAAAAAUGUGCUAGACUACACAUGUACCUCUUUGUUUAAACGUUGACAAUGCACUGGUGAAUUGCCUUUGGGGUACCCCAUGCGCAACUGUACUAAACGUAUGCACUACAAAAAUAAAGAAUUAUAAAAAAUAAAAAAAAACAUACAUUUAUAAAAACAUUAGCGGGUGUACAAAAGGCCCUGUCUAUGUCAUCACUUGCUGCUCCAGCCUGGCACAGGUCAGAGUAUUUUGGCGGUUGCCAUCUUCAAAUGGUCGUAUUUUAAAAACUAUACAUCCUACAGUGAAGAGCUUUAUAUUGUGAGAAUCACAAGACCCAUACCUACAUUUUAAUGCAUAGUAUGUCUCUGAAGUAUUAAAAAUGAAGGCACAGUCACAGUUUAGAAAUUGCCCUUCAAGUUUGAGCUGGCUAAAGUGGAGUUUCAAUAAAUGUAACCCCCUCCCUCCCAUCAAUCAUCUCCCACCCCUCCCAUCAAUCAUCUCCCUCCCAUCAAUCAUCUCCCACCCCUCCCAUCAAUCAUCUCCCACCCCUCCCAUCAAUCAUCUCUCCCCCCUCCCUCCCAUCAUCUACCCCCAUCAUCCAUCUCCCCUCCCUCCCAUCAUCUCCCUCCCAUCAAUUAUCCUCCCCCCAUCAAUUAUCUCCUCCCCUCCCUCACAUCAAUCAUCUCCCCCCCAUCAAUUAUCUCCUCCCCCUCCCAUCAAUUAUCUCCCCUCCCCUCCCAUCAAUCAUCUUCUCCUCUCCCUUUAAAUGCCACAGCCGCCUGAGCGCUCUAGCACUCAGGCGGCUGUGGCAUUUAAAGGGCCGGCGAUGGGGGCGCAGGGCGCCCCCUCCUAUAUGGCGCCCUAGGCGGCUGCCUAGUUCGCCUUAUAGGAAGCGCCGGCCCUGCCUAUGGUGAGCGGUCACAUGGCCCCAGGGGGUCCUUUUUUGCAGAGGGGGGACUCUCUGGGCUCAGUCCAGAGAGUCCCCCCAAAGAAGACGACCGAUCGCUGGCAGGGGAACGCAACGAUCGGUAAGUAUAUGAGGGUGGGUGGGUGGGUAGGGGUUCGUUUUUUUUUAUUUAAUUAAUUUUUUUAUUUAUUUAUUUAUUUAUUUAUUUUACUAUUUACUGAGUGCCUUGACCCCUCGAGGCACCCGGUACAGGCAGAGAAUCGGAAGCCUGCCUGAAGGCUUCCGAUGCUCUGUGUCAUGGAGUAACACUCUGACACAGCUCUGACAGUAUUUAGGGAGACUGGGCCAGAGCGAGGGGGCUUGGUGAUUGUGUGUGAGCUGCCUCCGCGAGACCGCGGGCUCUACAGGCUCAGCUACUGGGAGCUACUUCCACCAGACUUAUCUCUCCACAAGCUCAGACAAGCCGUUCCAGCCUUUGAGCCAAUGCAAGGAUUGCUGCAUGCCAUAGAGGAUUACUGGAGAACAGAAACUCACUACUUUACAAGUGGACCAUAUCUCUGAACUAUUGGAGGACUACACAUAUUAACCUUAAGUAUAACUUUCAGCUAUUUGUCUACAAUAUAAUUUAUUAAUGAACUAAUGCUUGCUUAUUCAAAUCUUCAUUGCUUCAAGCUACUAAUUAUAUGGAGGACAACUCCCAUCAAGUUUAAUCACUAUGAACUGUUUCUUGCUUUGCAAAGACACUCCAUGCUUCAAGCUACUAAUUAUAUGGAGGACAACUCCCAUCAUGCUUAUUUACUAUGAACUGUUCUUGCUUUGCAAAUAUUCUUAGCUACUUGCUUAUUGUUUCUAUUGAAGAUUAUUCUCAUGAAAUUAAAGAAUGUUACUUAAUGCAUCUCUGAGGAAAUACUUAAUAAUGAACUUUGUGUUUUUGAUUACUUGCACUUCUUCUUAUUGGAUUAUUGCCUAAAUGCAAUUCAUUUAAGUUUAACACUUAUUAAAACUUUGUUUGAAUCAAGUUACCAGCGAUUCUCUCUUUUCUUAAAGCUACAUUAUUGAUACUUUAAAGAUUCUCCAUUUCUCCACAAUUGAAAUUAGGGAGUUUUACAAGCUGCAGUUGAGUUCCAAUCCAAAUUCAUCCAAGUAGCGUAACACUCUGUCUCACUGCCAGUCUCCAGUGGCCCCCGGCAGUGAGCCGAUAUUGCAGCAAUGCCUCAACAUUGAGGCAUCGCUGCAAUACCAUUAGAGCUGCUGGAAGCAAUCAUGAUCGCUUCCAGAGCUCCAAUUACCCCAGGACGUAUCAGGUACGUCCGCGGUACUUAAGGACCGUUUUUUGUGGGACGUACCUGAUACGUCAGCGGUCGGGAAGGGGUUAAAGAGACAAAAAUAAUGUCCUUUGCUGACUUACGGAAUGUAUCUCUCUCUGCAACACAGAAUUUUACCUUUUAUCAGAAUAAAAAGUUUUUUUUAUAUAGCUACAUAUAUUAUCUGAAUUUGACAUCUUCAGCUUCCAAAUUAAAUGAGUUAAUUAAAAAUGACAAAUCUGCAAAGUUACUAACUAAAUGCGUAGGUAUUAUAAUAAUGAUAAAAAUUGCUAUUCUCCCCCCUGCUAAGCACAGAUGGGAAAAGGACUUACAUAUUAAAAUCGAUAUGAAAGAGUGGUAUGCAGCUUUUCAAUCAAUAUACUCUUCGGCUCACUGUUUAGAUAUAAUGGAGGCACAGUAUAAACUGUUGAAUAGGUGGUACUUGACCCCUGCCAAAUUAGUUAAAUUCUCUAAUCCUGAUACUCAGAAGUGUUGAAGGGGCAGAUGAGAUACACAUGUGGUGGAAUUGCACCCCGAUUAGGAGAGCUUGGGACUGAAUUUUACUAGAAAUUAACACACUAUUGGGUAUUACAUACCUCUGGACCCCUGAAACAAUGUUGUUACAUCUAAAAUUACCCCAAAUAUCAAAAGAGAAGAAAUUUUUUUGAUACAUGCAUUGAUGGCUUUCAAAAUAUCUAUAGCUAGAAAUUGGAAAAAGACAACAAUAGAUACCUGGCCCCACGUUAAGAAAGCCAUCAGAUUCCAAUGUAAAAUGGAAAGAGGCAUUACCUCUCAAUUUUGUAUUAAUCCUCAUAGAUACACAAUUUGGGACAAAUGGAUUAAGAUCCUUGAUCUUUCAACUAUAGACGGAGUCUGAAUGCCUCCUUUGUUUGGCCAGCUCCCGUCAUAGGGAAUAUCCCGACUCAGAAUAAUGUAAAAGGGAACACACAAAUUUGUUAAUUGAAAUUAGUACUGUUAACAAUUUGUCUUUGUUUUAUGUUGUAUGUAUUGUUAAAUGUUAUAGGAUACACGCACUAAUAUUAUGUUUAGAUAAAUGAAAUGCAGGGACAAUGGAUAAUUGUCUCUGUUUGUUAAUUAAAGUUGCACUUUCAUGGCUGAAUCACUUAUUUUUUUUAUUAUUUUUUUUAACCCCCUUCCCGACUCCAAUACAUCUAACUGACUCUUUAUUUUCUGCCCCGAUCUAUAUUCAGGGCGCCGCCAUCUUUGUGUGGGUAGAUGAAGUCCCUGUGGGACACGUCAUCUACCCACACUAGACAGCGCUGAGAUUCCCUCACAUGCCUAGUGAAACACUUGGGCAUGCGAACGGGAAUUUCAUCCAUUCGUUCGUCAGAAAGACGAAUGAAUAGCAUUGUCAGAUGAACAAACAAACACUGAAUGUUACGGUAUAACCCGGUGUAGUAAGGGUUAAUACCGUUUGGGAGAUUCACCUUUCAAAGGGAGCAGCAACUCACAAACACUCGAACUGGAAACAUACGAAAUCCUUCUCUCCUGGAACAGGUAAAUGAAUAAUCCACAGUAGCAAUUCCCCAAGUGCGAGACAAGGCUCCAUAUUGAGGGUAAAACAGGAAUCUGGCUUUAAUGUGGGCUACCUGCCCGGUAUUUAUGCAGGUCUCCCAUCUGGUGGACACUCCCCGAGGGGACCAGAUGGAAGACUGGGACAAAAGUGAUACAGUAGCCAAUGAGCACACUUUGGCUAUAAAUACUCCCCUUUACACCAGGUAGACCCUCCCCAAUUAUCCCCAGAAUAGAGAGAAGUAAUCCAAUUAUCUCCCAGGAUAGAGGCAAAACGCCAUUUUACAUGGGAUAAUAAAAAGACAUAAAAAUAGGAAAACUACCGAAUGGAUUAUAUGCAAUUAACGUAUCCCCAGAUAGCUUAGAUCUGAGCGCACAUUAUUACCGAAUGGCGCUCAGAUCCUAUACCCACAGUUCAAUCGCCAUGGAGCCAAAGUCUUUCACAUUGUCUUUCGGUAUACGAAGAGCUCCUUAAGAUGGCUAUCUGUGGUAAGUCCAUUCGUGGAGAAAGCGCCGAACGGAACGGUGUUCGUAUGUUGGAAGUCAGAAGAAGGGAGGUUGGCAGCUUCAGCGGUGUUCGGGAGAAAUAUUAUCAAUGUUUAGUUCCAUGAACUCAAUGACGAACACCGCUGAUCAUUCGUAUAGUCAAGAUGGCCGCUGCCUCGUGGUCGGCAUACGAACGACGACCACCCGGUCUCCGCUUGAUAUUUUAAAGUGUCUGUGGUUAACCUCAACAUUCUGAUGGGGCCAAGAGGUCAACAAGCAGCACACUUCCCUGCUGGGUGGCUGGUCUUUCGGUAGUUUGUUCGGUAGAAACAAGGGAAUAACAGGAGGACCGUACAGACAAGGAAAUAGCCGAACAAACAGACGAAUGGAGGGAAAAUAAAAGUAAUCCAUAGACCGAUGGUUCUGUCACACUGACUAUCAGUGUUAGUUUGUUUGUUCAGUUUAUUACAAGGAGGGAGCUACCUCCUUCCUUGUAAUAUGUAAAGAUAGAAGUGACAGGGAGCAGUGCUCCCCACCACUUCCUAAUCCCCCAUGUCCACCCUCACUCUAUGGGGGUCGAUAUGACCCCCAUAAUAGCAUAAGGGAGAUUCAAAUAUCCCGAAUGCCCCUACUUGCGGUAUAGCCUGUGGUUGCUCACUGUUUAAAAAAAACAACCCUACUAUCCGGCCCCCACCCCUGUGUGGGGCGGGUGGAGGCCCUAAAUAAGAAUGUGGGGGGACACACUUACUGUCCUCCCCCCGGCCCCCACCCCUGAGCGGUGGGUGGGGGUCCUAAAUAAGAAUGUGGGGGGGGGGGAGACCUACUGAACGGCAGGUGGGGCCCUAAAUAAGAAUGUGGUGUAAAAUGACAAAGAGUACUCCGAUUGGCUUAAACCAACCAAUCAGAGUGUUCUUAGCAGGGCCGGACUGGCCCACCGGGAUACCAGGAAAUUUCCCGGUGGGCCGUCAGCACCUGGGGCCAGGUAGGCAGCUCGGUGACCUGUGGCCUCAGAGGGAGCUCUUCUGGUGACCGCAGGGGGAGCUGGCUGUUCUGUCUCUGCUCCCCCGCCCCAGCGCACUGCUUAAUGAGUCCGGGGCCGGAGUAUGACGUCAUAUUCCGGCCCCGGUCUCAUUAAACAGUGCGCUGGGGCGGGAGAGCAGAGACAGAACAGCCAGCUCCCCCUGCGGUCACCAGAAGAGCUUCCUCUGUGGCCGCAAGAAGAGCCAGCUCCCCCAUGUGGCCGCCAUCAGAGCUCCCCAUGUCUGUGUGUGUGUCUGUGUCAUGUAAUGUGUGUCUGUGUCACGGUGUGUGUGUGUGUGUGUCUGUGUCAUGUAAUGACAAAAGCAAUAUAUAUAUCAUCUAGGGUGGCAAGACAUAGCCUUACAUAAUACAUGCGACAAUAUAUGGCGCAAUGACUUAUGGGGCUGGCAUAGAUUUAUUUUUUUUCCAGGGCGGCUUUGGAAUCCCCAGUUCGGCCCUGGUUCUUAGCCUAAUUGCAGGGCGGGGCAAGGCUUUAUAAGCCUUCCCCCGCCCUGCAGAGCUCAGUCUGUGCGGAGCCCUCCAUGGGUGAAGAUGGAUUACUUAUUUUUUUGCGUCGUUUUUUUUCUUUUUCGUCUGGUUUUUUUUUUUGGGCGCUCGGGUUUUUUUAUUUUAAGUUCGAUGGGUAUGAUGGUUUUUUGUUUGGCCUUUUCUGGGGCUGAAAAAUUAAGAUUUUAGAAAAAAGAAGACGUCAAAUGGUAAAUUUAAUUUUUUUUUUACAGGUUAGUUAUUUUAUUCCCCCCUCACUAUUUUUAGGGUGAGGGGGGUAGGUAGAGGGUAACUUUUUAUUUGGGUGGGGGGUGACUAGGGGCUUGGGUACCCCUAGUCACCAUGAUUGGGGGGGGGAUUUUCAUUUAGGGCCCCCACCCGCCGCUCAGAGGUGGGGGCCGGGGGUGAGGACAGUAGGUCCCCCCCACAUUUUUAUUUAGGGCCCCCACCCGCGGCCAUGGGGUUGGGGCGGGGGGAGGACAGUAGGUCCCCCCAUUAUCUUUAUGGCCCCCACCUGCCGCCCGUGGGGAGAACAGUAGGUCCCCCCUCAGUAUCUUUAUGAGCGGCAGGUGGGGGCGGGGAGGACAGUAGGUCCCCCCCAUUGUGAUUUAUGGCCCCCACCCACCAUGCAGGGGUGGGGGCCAGGGGGGAGGACAGUAGGUCCUCAUUAUCUUUAUGGCCCCCACCCACUGCUCAGGGGUGGGGGCUCAGGGGGAGGACAGUAGGUCCCCCCAUUGUUAUUUAGGGUCCCCACCCGCCAUGCAAGGGUGGGGGCCGGGGGGAGGACAAUAGGUCCCCCCCCUUAUUUUACUUUAGGGCCCCCACCCGCCGUUAAGGGGUGGAGGGGGCAAUAGUUUAUUUUGUGUGGUUUUUUUUCACUGUUUUUUCACUGUUUACUAGACAUGCCCCUAGUCGCGGUAUAGCGAGUAGGGGCAGAAUUUACUAAUACUAAGUAAUCUUUACUUAGUAUUAGUAAAUGUGGCUUAAAGACCAAUUUAAGUCUUUGAGCCUUUUGAUAGCUCCCUAAUACUGUGGGAAUUAGGGAGUUAUCUACUAAGCAGCUGCAAGAUGCAGCCGCCGCAAUGAAUAGGAUCGAAGUUUCAUUCAUUCGAAUGAAAUUGCGAUCCUAACAAACUCCCGAAUUGCAAUCUAACACGAAUGGAGAAACUGUUUUCGUUCUGUUAGGACGCAAUUCAGCAGUUUUGCCGGCAUUCUGUCUAAGUGACAGGAUGUUCGGCAAUACUGACAGGAAGCAUCGUGGGAACAGGAAGGAAAGCUAAGGAUUGUGGAAAAAUCGCUCUGACCACUGGAAAUGAAGCACACUUUGCUCCUCCGCUGGUCACCGCUGGCCAUGGCAAUGGAAGCCUCCAUAAGAGAAAUAGUCCCUACUUUGUCUUAAUUUUUAAAGAAAACUAGAGAAACAUGAAGAAAACAUGAAGAAAUGAAGAACAGAUCCUGAGAGAGGGAGAGAAGAGGAAUCGAUUGGGGAAAGGUAAGUUCGGCAUGACAGUGUCGCUUUAAUUAUUGUAAACAAAUUAUUCAAUAAAAUAUAAAAAAAAAAGUAAAAACUGGAUAAGCCGCAAAUGGACUUAAAUACUGGGGAUUACUGCGGCAGGCGCAUGGCGCCUAUCCAAAGGCCUUGUCCAAAUUUUCAGAUGACCUGUCACCUGAGGCAGAGGUGGAUGAUAUACCAGCUAAGUAACCUCUGGCGCCAACACCUUUGGGUCCGGAUGCCGCUCAGGCGAAUACUGCCACACCUUUUUUAAGUACUUCGAGACACUCCAUUGAAGGACUUACAAGGGUGUCAGUUCAGGAAAAUGUCUGUUUAUUAAAGAGAACAAGGUUUUGUAACAACACACAAUGAAGGAGUCUAGGGGGAGUAUCAUUAAUUACAAAUAAAAUAUUGACAGCUAUUAAGUAAUGUCAUGAACAAGCUCAUGCAUAUAGCGUAUUAAAUCAUUUAUGUAAAACGUAUCUAGGGGGCAUUACUAUGUGGGAUCUUCUUAGAAUAGGAGGGUACAAUGGUAGGGGUUCUUAGAAAAAGAUAAUACAAAGAUGGUCGUGUGCCAAGACUAUAUAUGUGACGUAGUGGCAUGGUCAGGUGCAAAACUACGCAUGUAAUGUCCUUGCAACGUACAUUAAUCAAAAACAAGAAAUGGCAGUAGGGGCAUACAGAGAACUAGAAGGCAGAUUUGUACAUUAAUCCUUUCAACACCGGAAUGAUAGCCAGUUUCACAUUAACUCUUUCAGUGUUGGAAUUUUAGUCAGUCUCAUAUUAACCCUUACAACAUCCCUGCUGUGGAAAUCCGGCAUCUCCUUAGGCGCCUACUAGUGGCACUACUCUCCCCAAGACAGAGCAAAACAGUGGGGCUGGACAUAUCCUGCCGUGUACCUACCGUAAGUUGUCUAGGGCACCAGCCGCUGUACCCAGGGUCCUGGUGGUUAAUUUCCAUAGUGGCAGUGCUAAGGCUUCAGUUCUGGCUGCCAUUAGGGAGCACGCGCCACAUAAUUUUGAAGAAAUGAAACCCACCUUUUAUGCGGACCUCUCAGGAGAAACCCUGGCAUGGAGAAGUUCACUUCUGCCAUUCACAUUCCUCCUUAGAAAGCAAGACAUACAAUACCACUAGCGAUUAACAAGCACACUGGUGGUCCUAUAGGACGAAGACAAACACAUGAUCCAUGACCUUCAAUAGGCGUCGGCCCGGUUGGCAACACUGAACCUCUCUCAGGACUCUCUGAUAUAUGCUGGGCCACAGGGGGGCGCAACACACCGAUGGAACCCGGAGAAUACAAUCACGUUCACCUCUGGACAGUCCGCACGUGUCUUCUAUGCUGCGACCUCUACCUGACUCAUCUAACAAGACUGCCUUUCUUCACUUACUGCGGCCUUACUAAGUCUGAUUUAGUAUUGGUCCCUAGUUUUAAGGUUUAUUUAGUGCACAGUUAGAUUGCAUGAAAACCCUUCAGCUUGAGUGCUUUCAAUAUCACCAAAGAAUGAAUAAAAUAAAAAAAAUUUUAAAGUUCAAGAGUAACUAUACAAUUAUCUAACUGUAAGUAAUACAUGCAGAAACAAAAAAACACUGAUAAACAGAUCCCCAAUAAACAACCCAUACAUUAAUACAAUUAUCCAGCAAUAUAUCUCUUGCCAUUAAUAACCAAUUAAUCAACCACCAAAUUGGUGUGCAAUAUAAAUUAAAACAGUGCAAUAUCAUUCAAAUAAAAACCAAUUAAAGUGCAGAUGUGACCACUAAUUAUUAAUACAAUGAUGGUAGAUUAACUAAGUGGAAAAAGCAGGUAACAAACAUAACUAAUAUACUUGCACAUUAUCCAUUCGAUGAUCUCAAGGGAAAGCAUGGAGUGGUUGUAGCACCACUCCAAAUUGAAGGGCUCAGGGUGUAUCAACCCCUUGUGAACGCAGGAUCCAAUAGCAGAUUCACAACCAGUUGGUUUAAAUUCUUUAUUAUACUUCAGGAAAUAAAAGUUGUGCAACACUGAAGGCAGAUUCCAAUAAGCUACCUGCCCUCACAUGAAACCGUCCGGGGGUGAUUUUUUGCACUUAUUUAAUUUAUGUACCAUUAUUGUAUGAAUAAUUAGCUGACUUAUGCACUUUAUUUGUUGGUUUUUUUUUUUUUUUGCAUGAUCUAUAUUGUAAGGUAAUUGUGCACGAAUUUAAUUAGUAUUGCAUACCAAUUUGUGGUUUGUUGUUUGGCUAAAUUAAUACCCCCAUCCCGCCUUUAGGUGGUACCGAGAGCAUGUUAUGAUGAGCAUUCACUUACCUGGGCAUUAAGUAUAUGUGUUUUCUAUACAUGGCCAUUUAAGUGUUAGCUCACAUGCCAUGUUAAAUCCUACGCUAACAAUUCACCUGGCUUCUUUCAUACUUACUAACCCUUAAUAGGGAACACAUGGAGUGGGCGGUAGCACUGUAACAUUGCUGUGUAAUACAAAAGCAAAUGCAAAUAUACAGAAUUAAGUCCGGCGCUCAAACUCCCACUACUCUUGUACGGCAGACAGUGUGACUGCGGGCUGCCUGGAUAACUUAUAGGCUGGUGCACAUCCGCACCGCCCCGGGUCCCCAGUUCCCGAUGCUGGCAGGAGGGGAUAGCUGUGCUGUGCUGCUCCCCUCCUGCCUGUUUGUAGCAUGGCUGAAUGGUCUGACAGAAGUGCUCACUGACAAAGCACUUCCUGUCAGGCCAGGAACCACGGCAGAGAAAUUCUGGUCCUGGAAGAGAGAGAGAGAGAGAGGUAGGAAUGGGACACGUGGAGGGGAGGAAAGGUAGGAAUGGGACACGUGGAGGGGAGGAAAGGUAGGAAUGGGACACGGGGAGGGGAGGAAAGGUAACAAUGGGACACGGGGAGGGGAGGGAGGAGAGAGAUAACAGUGGAACACAUGGAGGGGAGAUGGAGAGGUAGGAAUAGGACACCGCGAGGAGAGGGGAGACAGAUGGAGAAAUGGGACACCUGGAGGGGAGUGAAGAGACAGGGAACAAUGGGACACAUAAGGGGGGGGAGAAGUAGGAAUGGGACAGGGGGGAGGGGGAGAGAUGGAGAAUAUGAGACACAGGAAGGGGAGGGGGGAGAGAGGGAGAAAUUGGACAGCUGGAGGGGAAGGGGUGGGAGAGGUAGGAAUGGGAAACAGGGAGUGGGAGAAAUGGGACACAUGGAGGGGGCUCGGAAGGAGGAGAGUAUGGGAAACAUGGUUGGGUUUGAGGGGAGGGGAAAUGGGAAACAUGGUUGGGUUUGAGGGGAGGGGAAAUGAGACACAUGGAGGGGCUUUGGGGUCGAGGGAAUGAGAUAAAUGAGGGGCGAUGGUGAGUGAAUGAGACAUCAUGGAGGAGGGUCUCAGGGAAAUUUUUGCACCAGGGCCAGGCGGAUUCUAGUUACGCCUCUGACGGCAGCAGUGACAAUAAUACAGCCCCAAUAUAUACAAUAAAAUCAAGUACUUGCGCACUAUCCCAAAUCCCUAUGCACAUUAAAUAACUUGAAGUACAGGUUAAGGGCGGGGGCUUUGGUGGCUGCUGCGAGCUGCUCUCCUCCAGUAUGUAUUCCCCUCCACAAGCAUGAAAGGAAGUGAUCUGGGAUUACUUCCUCCAAGCCUUGCAAUGAGUGAAAUAAAAACUGCUCCUCACCAUCUGCUGUCAAAUUUAAUUUUACAUUUUAGACAAAAAGAGCUGUAUUGGAAGCAUUGCUGACCAGGAGAAUGUUUCCAAACAUAUAUUUUGGACUUAAAUACAAAAGUCUCUUUGAAUUGUUUUUGAAUCCCCAAUUCUCACUUUAGUAAAUAUCCCUGUGAGUGGCACACAUUACUCUACAAUAGACAAGCUGUGACUAUAGCUGUUGAUAGUGUUUAUUUCCCCCAAAUCAGAUGUAUAUAUUAUUUUUACUUAAAAUUCUGCAAUUCAGUUUUCCAUCCACUGUUCAUUUUUUGUUUAGAUGAUAAACCCCUAUACAAUGUAGAUCCUCCUAGCCCAGCUAUGUUUGCCAUUUGAUUUUCAUUUUGCUACAGUUCAAUAUUUAGUGAAUAACCCUUCAAAUUAUAGUGUUGUGAAAAAAGUGUGAAAACAUUUACUCCAACAUUUGCUUUAACUAUAGCUGACUUGGAGAAUCUUUCCAGCUCAUAUAUUAUUUAUAUAUAUUAUUUUAUAUAUAUCUUGGGUGCCCAAAACGUAGAUUCCCAGAUGUUGUGGAACUACAACUCCCAUGCUGCUUUGCAUGCCUUUGGAAUGUUUUUACAAUGUCAAAGAAACAUAAUUGAAGCUGUAGUUCUAAAACAUCUGGGAUUCUACUUUUUGGGCACCCCUGAUAGAUAGAUAGAAUUUUUUUUUUCUUUCUAAGGUUUUUUUUUUAUUCAGUUUUCUAUUCACCAGCAUUGCUUGUUGAGUAAAUAAGUCCCUAUAAUAUCUGUUACCCUAGAUCCCCUGCAGAUUGUGCUUUGCAUGUAAGGUCAGUACAAUGGAAUUGUCCUGAGCAACAGAGUGCAGUUGUGCUUAUGUGUUCAGAAUGAUGAAGUCCCAGUGGGCUGUAUUAAAUACUCUUCUUUCACCGUGACCAUCUCGCUGCCAGUGAGAUUCAUUGUGUGAGUGUGUGUGGCAGCCAAUCGCUGGUUCUGAGGACACAAGCGUAACUUAAGUUGCAGUAUAAAAGUACACAUGUAGAAUACAUGAUUUAACAUUGCAUUUGCUAGCUGCUCUCUUAACAUAUUUCUUCUAGAACUCAUUGGGGCUGAAAGAGAUUCUACUGCAAAAGCUAAAAAAAAACCUCUCCAAAACUCCAAAUCCCAAUAUAAAAUAAUUACAUAGUCACUGAAUGAGAACAUGAUAAAAUUAAGUCUGUGCACUUUUUGCCUCUGUACCUUGCUAGUACUCAGCCCUGUGGAUUUGAAUGACAGCAAUCCAGCUCCUGACAAAGAUACCUUGUGCAGUGCCUGCACCUGGAGACAGAACAACAAGUCUUCUAGACUAGAAGCCAUAAAACUCCAGAUCCUGAGUAAACUACGUCUGGAGCAGCCUCCCAGCAUCAGCAAGGCUACUAUAAAGCAUCGCUUGCCCAAAGCUCCACCGUUAGAAGAGCUGAUAGACCAGUAUGAUGUCCAAGGUGAUGACAGCAGUGAAGGAUCUCUGGAAGAAGAUGAUUAUCAUGCAACCACUGAGACUAUCAUCACAAUGCCCACAGAGGGUAAGUAGAAUGCAAAAACGUGUACUGUGCCUUUAAGCACCCACCCGGCACCCAUGCUUUAUUUACACUAGUAAAUAUUUUUGAUUCUCCUGCACACCAACAGCAUGAUGCCCAUGUAUAUUAGGACUGCAUUUCAGGAUUUUGUACUUUUCAAGAAUGAAGUAGAUACAGUAUGUUCUGCAGAACUUUCUAUUCCUGUGAAUAUAUUAAACGAUACAUUGUAUCCCUUGGGUAAGUGCUAAGACAGUGAUUGAGAAUGGAGAUUUUUACUGAGCACUAUUUUUAGACAGCCCAGCAGUUGGUGUCUGUGGUGACAGGACAGCCAGAAACUCUAUUGCUCUGCAGUAUGUUGCAUACCUAUACAUGUAUAAGUAUUCCUAGUUAGGUGACAGAUAACUAUACAAAACCACAAUUGAUUGGGAUUGCAUGUCCUUCUAGUAUAACAGUGCUAAUGUGAUCCAGUGCUACAGAGCUUCAAUCCAGGUGCAUCAAUUUACUUUUAAGUCCUGUGUUUAUUAGGGUAGAUGGUUUUCAAAAUGUAUCUUAGUUUGUAUAAAACUGAACUAACAUUCUUAUUGAUAACAUACUUGUCCAGCUCACUAUUCACUUAUUAACUUUGAUAUCUAACUAUAAAAUCUCAUAUCUCCUGUUAUGUUUUAUAUUAAAUCUUUAUAAACUUAAAUUUUGAUAGAUGCCAUGAACUGAAAUAUAAGAAAAGCAUUUCAAUUAGAAGUGUGUCUAAACGUGUCUGUGUUAUUAUCUAUGAAUUGUUGCUUUGUAUAUAGUUGCCAGUUGCAAAAGGAGAUCCUUUUGGUUUCCUAAGCAACCAAUACGCUUAACAAAUACAUCAAUAUAUACCGGUAUAUCUAUGAUCCUGAUGAAAGUCCUUAUGUGGGACUGAAAUGUUGAUCCUGAUUUUAAUUACUAUGGAAUAAAAGUUAAUUUUUAUUGAAAGACCGAGAGUGCAGCCGUCUACAAUUGGAUUGGAUGUUGGAGCCCUGGUAUUGCACCUGGCCACAUUGUUUAUUUGCAGCCUGAGUGCAAGGAAUUUCAGUGUGUGUGUGUGUGUAUAUAUAUAUGUAUAUGUAUAUGUGUAUAUAUAUAUAUAUAUAUAUAUAUAUAUAUAUAUGUGUGUGUGUGUGUGUGUGUGUAUGUGUGCGUGUGUGUGUUACAAUGUAACUUAAGAGGUGCUGUUCUGUUCUUAUAACAUAAAAAUAGUACACUCCAUAUCACAGCAUGGCUUGCUAUAGUGGUUAAGGUGUUGAAAGCGGUAUUUUGGACUGGUUUCCCACAGCGGAUACAAUUAUGACCUUUGCCAUCUGUCUUUUCCCUCCUGUGUAAUAAUUCUAAGCUGCAUCGUAAAGCGGAGUGUUUCAAAUAUGUAUAUGGCAUUCUUCUGAAAUACAGCUGUAAUGGCAACAUGAUCAUGAAUGGUGUGACACUGGAACAUUUAAUUAGCUGGUUGGUAGGAAUUAGGUGUUGUAUGAUUAGAGGUAGAUAUAGUUACAUUUUUGUGGGAAAAAAAAGUGUAUAUUAGAAACAGAGGGUUAUUCACUAAAUUCAGAUUCCGUGACUAUGAGGGUCAUUUAUUAAAGUAAAAAUUGUUUGGAAAUCAAAGAGAACUCAAAGUUCAUUUCAAAUUUAAGACCAAAAUAGCUGACCUGCAGGAAUGCUCAAGUCACAUAAGCUUUUUGUUAGGCUAGUUCUGUCUUAAAUUUGAAAUUUGCUUUAAAAUCACUAUGAAUUCCAGACAAUUCUCACUGUAGUGAAUAACCCUGUAUAACUGAAACAGCUACUUUAACCUCAGUUACGCCAUUCAGAUUCAAUUUGUUAGAUUCCAAGUUUAGUGAAUACAUUUGCAAAAGAUAGUUGGAGAAAUAAUGUAGAUUGAAAACGGAAUAUUAACGUUAGGUCGAAAUAGCCACACGUUGGAAAUGUUCUCUAACAAAAAUUAGAAUUCUCAUGUGUAUUCUCGAUUAUUCUCCUGGUUUAAUGAAUAACUUUUACAUGGAAUUAUGUACUUACUAAAGUGUGGAUUGUCAGCAAAGUGAAUUUUUUCAUUACAGGCCAAAAUAGCAGAAUAAUUAACCAGAUCAGCUAUGAUUUUAGUUUAUCUAAUUUGACCUGUUGUUCAAUUAGUAUUUCAGAUAAUCCACACUUUAAUCUACAAACCUGAUUUUCUUUUAAGUUUAUUCACUAAACAGUGAAUUUAAAACUGAAUUGUGAAACGUAAGCUAUAGUAGCAAAGCUGCGAUUAUAGCUGAGCUAUUUGGUUUUAAAAAAUCUGCUAUUUUUUCCAAAAUUAGUUUUUUAAUGCAGAGUGUGUGUGUGUGUGUGUGUGUAUAUAUAUGCCCUUAUGUAUGUAGUAGCAUUUUCCAGUGUGGAUGAUAUAUGAACCGUAUCAGGUAAAACAUGUCUAAGCCCUAGAGAAUUUUGGCACUGGGUUCCCUGUACCUAAUUAUUUUCCCUUAUGUUUUUGAUUCAAAUAGGCUGUAUCUGAAAAAAAAUAAAUGCUCUUGUGUUUUGCCCUCGACAGUAUAGCAGAGUUGCUAUUUAGUUCCGGGAUAUAAAAUAAAUAUCAUUGCACAUCUAGUAGCUCAAGGAAUUGUUUAAUUAGUUUAUUCAAAGGAAUAUAUGGUGAUGAUUUGAAAACUGAACUGCUAAAUUAGGACUAAAAUAGCCAAGCUAUAACUCUAUGUGAAAUGGUGUCAAUAACAGCUAUUUUUAACUACAUUUUUAAUUUUGCCGUUUAGUUUACAACAAUCUUGUAUUUAGGGAAUAUGCCCCUAUGUGUUAAAGUCACAAUAAGAUAAGUCAACGUAAAAUGUAAUGAGUAGGACUGAGGAUGUAAGAAUUCUAAAUACAGGAGAGAACAAUUUCAUUUUCUGUCAGGAAUGCUGUAUUUAAAGCUAUAUACAAUGCAAGGUUUUAUUUGCUAUUGACUGCAGGCCUACAAAUUUGAAGCCAGUCUUGCCAAACUGGAAAAAUCACAGAAUCAAAUUUUUUUCCACUUCAUAAUAUAUUUUCCUGUUUAGUGAAAGCCAAACUCCCCAAUAUUAAUUUCAACAGACUGGGGUCUAGUCGCUGAACAGUGAAUCAUAGGGCAGUGGAAACAGACUUGCAAAAUGUAGAACUAAAAUAGCUGAUCUGGAAAUAAAAUUCUCCAAGUCAACUAUAGUCACAGUUGGACCAUUUUAAACUUAAUUUUGCGAUUUGGUUUUCAAUUCACACCAAUUCACUGUUUUGUGACUGAACCCAGGUAUUAAAAUGUACUUCGUACUAAUAUAUAAACUGCUGAUUUAUAGAACCUGUGCAUAUUAUAUAUUACAAGUAGAUAUAUAGAAAAUGUUAUCAAUCUGUGUUUUGAUACUCAGAGCUAUUUUGUUAGGUGUCACACCUCAUAUUCCAGUUACUGCUCACUCUGUACCUUUUCAAAACAGUCUACCAUAUUGUUAAAAGGACCAAUACAUCACUGGGUGGCAGUAUGUCAUUAGAAACAUAGAAUGUGAUGGCAGAUAAGAACCAUUCAGCCCAUAUAGUCUGCUCAAUUGUCUAAACACUUUCAUUAGUCCCUGGCCUUAUCUUAUAGUUAGGAUAGCCUUAUGCUAUCCCACGCAUGCUUAAACUCCUUUACUGUGUUAACCUCUACCACUUCAGCUGGAAGGAUAUUCCAUGCAUCCAAUACCCUCUCAGUAAAGUAAUACUUCCUGAUAUUAUUUUUAAACCUUUGCCCCUCUAAUUUAAAACUAUAUCCUCUUGGUGUGGUAGUUUUUCUUCUUUUAAAUAGUCUUCUUCUUCACUGUGUAAAUUCCCUUUAUGUAUUUAAAUGUUUCUAUCAUACCCCCCCGUCUCGUCUUUCUUCCAAGUUAUACAUGUUAAGAUCCUUUAACCUUUCCUGGUAAGUUCUUUCCUGCAAUCCAUGAACCAGUUUAGUAGCCCUUCUCUGAACUCUCUCUAAAGUAUCAAUAUACUUCUGGAGAUACAAUCUCCACUACUGCGUACAAUACUCCAAGUAAGGUCUCACCAGUGUUCUGUACAAUGGCAUGAGCACUUCCCUCUUUCUACUGCUAAUACCGCUACCUAUACAACUGAUUAUUCUGCUAGCAUUUCCUGCUGCUCUAUUACAUUGUCUGCCUACCUUUAAAUCAUCAGAAAUAAUCACCCCUAAAUCCAUUUCCUCAGUUGUUGAGGUUAGGACUCUAUCAAAUAUUCUGUACUCUGCCCUUGGGUUUUUACAUCCAAGAUGCAUUAUCUUGCACUUAUCCACAUUAAAUGUCAGCUGGCACAACUCUGACCAUUUUUCUAGUUUACCUAAAUCAUUUGCCAUUUGGCUUAUCCCUCCUGGAACAUCAACCCUCAGUAGUUUGAAGAACGGUAUAUAUAUUUGGACUUAUAUACUAUAAUGCUCUCACCAUGCUAUAUAAAGAAAUCAGCAUUUAGUCACUUACCUGGCAGACUUCACUCAAUUAUUAAACUAAAUACAUUUUAUGUCUUCGUAGUGUUCAGUAUGUCUUUAUUAAAGACACCACUAGAAUAGGCUUUGCAAAGAUCCAAAAUGCUCCUUUGUGAUCGAUAUAAUAGACCAGAGGUAUACAACCUAUGUCACUCCAGAUGAUGUGGACUACAUUUCCCCUGAUGCCUUUCCAGCAUUUUGGCUCUAAGAGCAUUAUGGGAGAUGUAGUCCGCAACAUCUGGAGUGCUGAUAGUCACCUAUCCCUGUAAUAGGAGCAUAUUCAACACCAUUAGUAAAUGGAAAAUAUUGCAUAAUGUGGGCUAUAACAGCGAAUCUGUAACUACACUGAAGCUGAAAUGUAAUUUGACUAUAUAAACGAUUUGCCUAAAUUUGGAAUUCUAUCAUGGUAUCCGUUCCUUAAAGAGUUGUGGUAAAUUGACAGUCAAUUUGCAAAAUUUGUGUUAAAACAGCAGAGUGGCAAAAAUUACCCAACUACCCUGAGCUGUAGUUAUUUUCCCCAGUUCCGCUAUUUGAGUCUAACUCAUGUUAUGAGAAUAUGAAAUUAACCUGAAAAUUGCUUGUAUUGGAAUAAAUACAAUAUUCAUACAUUACGAAACUGAUAAAGGAAAUAAACUUAUCGGUACACAUUUAAAGUACCACUAAAGUCCCCUAAAACACUUCAUCUCAAUAAAGUGGUCAUGUUAUUUUAACCCUGCAAUGUAAAACAUAUGUUAAACACACCUCUAGUGUAAGUUAUUGUAGAUAAGCUUCCUCUGCAGUGACUAAGUAAAACUCUUUCGUGUGACCAAAUGCAGCUUAUAGGAAAGCAUUCAUUUCAAUACUUUCCAGUGGGAAGCAUUAUGAUACAUGUAUUGAGCCCACUGCGCAUGUGCAUCAGUCCCCAAUGCUGCUCUGUGGAUUAUUGGAUUGGACCAUCAGAUUACAUAGCGGGAGGCAGAACGUUCGCCAGCACCAAAGCUAGAGCCAAGGGACUCACGGUGCUGUAGAAAAUAUAAGUAAACCACUCCUCCACUUUCCCCCUCUGUUGGUCACUUCUCAUUUGAUCUAUGAAUAAAAUUAACCUUUAGUGGCUGUCCACUGUCUUUAAUCACUUUUUUUCCCCUUCAAUCAUUGGUUCCAUAUGAGGAUCUCUAAAUCACCAAACAAAACAGCUCAUUCUUUCCUUGUUUCAUUUGUUUCAUGAUUAUGUCAUAACCACAGAAUUUUAAUGAAUUGCUGUUCCCCUAAAAUUCUGACGUAUCACAAUUCAUUUGAAACCAAAUGCAAAUCUACUGAUUUGUACAUGUUUUCAUCAAGAGGCAGACAAAGGUGAGUUAACUGAACCUGUGCCUGGUUGGCACCACUAUGCUUUUUCCAGCCAGUCCUCUUCUGCCCCUGAUGCUUUUGCUGUCAAGAGCCAGCUUCACUCCUGUAGAAUUGACACUUCUUGACAGCAGUAGUUCCACCAAGUGUCAAAAAGUAUGGCGGUAUGAAAUAGAAAAAAAUAGUCCCUACCCGUUCCUCUUUGUAGAUCUUUGGCCUAGGUUGGAAUUACAGUGGAGUUCCAACACAGUCAAUACAAAGAUGUGAUCUUGAUGAAAUACUCAUUUUGCUGCUUUAAGCCACAUAAUAAUAAAACUGAUUCACUAAACAAAAUUCAUAUGUAAGUGUAGUCAGAGGUCCAAAUGUACUUUCAAUGGUCAUUAGACUGCUUUAUCAUUAUUUAUCAAUAUAAAUAUUUUUCAUCCACAAAGUUAUCAAAUUUAGCAUUUUUAUAUGCAUGCACAUUACCUUAAAUUGAGAACUGUAAAUGUUGAAAAGCUAAAUUCUGAGUAGAGUUUUUUUAAACAUAUAUAAAACAUGCUGGUUCCUAAAUUAUUCUAUAAUUCAGUAUUUUGAAGGCUUGUCUUGUGUUGUAUGAGUUGAAGAGAGUAGAUUUUAUUAUGCCUUUGGGAAACCUCAUCUUUACAUUCUAAUAAUUAAUUAAUUUACCAUAAGGUGUAACAACACUAAGUAGAACGUAAUGCUUGUAAUACAUGCUUUUUAUUUAAAUUAUUUGUAUUAUUAAUGCUCGAGUUAUACUAACUAUUUGGAUUCUUGGCCCCCCUUAUUUAAGUUAAAGAUAUAUCUUUUACUCAUCUUAUUUCUCAAGUCUUGCAGUGGCUGCCUCUUCUCCUCAUGCUGAGAUCAUUAUAAAUGAUCUUAGCCAAUCCAAUUUUUCACCAUAGGGAAGCAUUGGGAGGCUAGGCACAUAUGCGGCAAUUGCUAUGCCAAUCAGCAUCUCCUCAUAGAGAUUAAUUGACUCAAUGUAUCUCUAUAGGCAGUGUCCAGCAUCUCCAUGCAGAGUGUGGAGAUGUCAAACCUCAAUACUGCAAUCUUUGAAGGACUGCAUUCAGGAAACUUUUUAGUGGCUGUCCAAGUGAUAGCCACUAGAGUUGGGAUUAGGCAACAAUAUAAAUGAUGGAUAGUGUUUACACAGCUGAGCCUGAAGGUACAGUAUCUCUGACCCAGAAUCACUACAUUAAGCUGUAGAUGUUCUGGUGCCUACAGUGUCCUUCUAAUAGAUGUUAGGAUACAUGAAACGAGAAUAUUCUUGAGCUCUUCCGCAAACACUAUAGCUUGUCAUAAUGUUGUGCACUUGUUGCUGUUUGCAAUUACAUCUUGCCUUUCCUAAAAUAAUCUUAAUAGAAUAUACUCUAUAGCAGAUGUUAAUCUCGAGCCAGUGGAAUCCUGAGCCAAUAAUAACACUCUUGUUGACCUUUAUCACAAGUGUUACUGCAAGUGCUAACUAUAUACAAUUUGGUCCUCUUCUGCAUUUUCAAAAAUGAAAUAAGAAUCAUUUUUCAGUCUUCAGUGAUGCACUUCAAGAAGCACACAAGACUGAGUUUUACUGAUAUUUUUUCAUUUCUUUAGAAUGAAUUAUAAAGUCUCAGUUUAAUAAAUAAUGAAGAUCCCUAAAUAUCAAUUUGAAGCCAAUAAAAAAAACAACACUCAAUUAUGCUAAUUUUUUAAUGUUUAUGGUUUAUGGUGUCAAUGUACUAAUUGCAACACACCUUCCUAAUGCAUGUGUAAGCUAUAGAAUAAAGUUGAUUAGGUAACUAGAAGUUGUGUGUGCUGGUGCGCUCUAUUUGUUGAUGUUUGAUUCACCCUUUUGCUGAAUUGAUAAUGUUAACAAUUGGCAUCUCAUAAACAUUUGAUAACCUUAGAGUAAUUCACACAUCAAUAAUAAAGUCCUUUAAUACCCAACAUUCACAGUUUUGGUAAAAGACAACUUACCGUAUCAUUUAUUGUUUCAAUUAUUAUUAUUAGCAUUUAUGUAAUGCCAAUAUAGUUCAUGGCGCUUUGCAAUUAUAGAAUGGUGGUAUUUGACAACAAGUGAUUGACACCGAAUAUUAUUAAUAGCUAGAGAUGAAGCUAGCCCUGCUAAAAAGAGCUUUCAAUCUUUGAGUUAACUUAUACCUAGCAUGUUUCCAGUCAAUUGAUAAAGUAUAACAUAAUGGUCAAUUUAUGUAGGUAAUGCAAACAAAAGUUAAAAAAUGUUCUAAAAUCCAUGGAGAUUUGCCCAUAACUCCCAUUGUUAGGGAAACAUCACAAAAACAUAUUCACACACAGAUUCUACUUCAGACAUUCACAUUCAUAUGCAGAAGCAUACACACACAUUCUUAUACACACACACAUUCAUAUACACACCCAUACUAACAGUCAUACAUAAAUACACGCUCACACACACUUAAUGUUUAUUAAUUAUAAAUCAAUCAUAAAUCAUUACAAUGUCUAGUGCACUGACUGCACAGCUCCACACAGCUGGGGCUGGAGUGUUGUCACAUUCCAGCUCCCAACAGAGUAGGCCCGUACUGUCUCUGCUCUGGCAAGAGGGUGGUAUUCUGUCCAUGACAGUUUAACACAAACCCAGGGAAACGGCUCCUAAACACUAUUGGUACCAUAACCACUAUAAGUAUCUGCAAUGGUUAUGGUACUUCGAUUGUCCGUUUACAUACUGGUACAUUUAUCAUUUGGCAUUGCUUGAUUGAAUUUACACUUCAAAAAAAGCAUAAUUUUGCAAAAACCUUCAUCCAGAUUUUUUAAUUUAUGAUAAAUCUUUUACUCACACUCUCUCUCUCUCUCUCUCUCUCUUUAUACAGCAGAUCCCUUAGCAACGGACAAACCAAAAUGUUGCUACUUUAAGUUCAGCUCAAUAAUGCAAUACAACAAAAUUGCAAAGGCUCAACUGUGGAUAUAUUUAAAACCAGUACAGAGGCGUACCACAGUAUUUGUGCAGACCUUUAGACUCGCUAAGGGAUUGAAUGAUGGCACCAGGUCUACCGGAAUUAGAGCACUGAAGCUUGAACUAAGUCCAGGUCCUGGGACUUGGAAAAGCCUGGACGUAAAAACAGCUCUGCAAAACUGGCUAAAACAACCAGAAUCCAACCUAGGCAUCGAGAUUAAAGCCACUGAUGAGAAUGGAAAAGAUGUUCCAGUAGCCCACCGUGGAUCGAAUGAUGAUGGACUGGUAGGUGAAGUAUGAAGACAGAAUUAGUUAAACCCAUUAAUUGAUUGGAUAGGUGCCAUCCAAGUUAUGCCAAACACUAUCAAUAUUUCAGUUAUACUUUAAAAAGAAACAUAAGUUUUUCACCUGUGAGAUGUAGUGUAACAAAACUUUUAAUAUUUUAGAAUUUCUUUUUAUUAAAGUGGAUUAAGUGAAUUUUGGUAAAUUAACAUCAUCUCAACUCUUUUUUUUAUUGCUAGAUGGGAAUGUGAACAUGCACUAUUUAUUUUCUGUUAAACUGCUUACAUAACAAAAUAGAAGUAUUGUAAUAGAAAGAUUAUGUGAAAACUAGCAUAUAUAUUCUGAUACAUUUUGUCUGCUUUUUUUAUUUUAUUAUCAGAGUCCUUUUAUAGAGGUGAAAGUUAUGGAUACGCCAAAAAGGUCCCGCCGCGACUUUGGUCUUGACUGUGAUGAGCAUUCUACUGAAUCUCGGUGCUGCCGCUAUCCACUGACAGUGGACUUUGAAGCAUUUGGGUGGGACUGGAUCAUAGCACCAAAACGAUACAAAGCCAACUACUGCAUUGGGGAAUGUGGAAUUGUGUUUCUUCAAAAAUAUGCCCAUACUCACAUAAUUCAACAUGCCAAUCCAAGAGGCUCCGCAGGCCCAUGCUGCACCCCAACAAGAAUGUCUCCAAUAAAUAUGCUAUAUUUCAAUGAAAAUGAACAAAUCAUUUAUGGAAAAAUACCGGCAAUGGUGGUAGAACGCUGUGGGUGCUCUUGA